AUGCCUGGGAAACUCCUUUACCAAGCUCUGGACCUCGACAACCCUCCGCUGGCACUGUCAGAAAUAGCCAACCUCUCAGUUGUCCUGGCUCAAGUUUCUGUGCGCCUCACUGCUGUGGAAGCUCGCCCUGUUCCCCCUGCUCCAUGUCCUCCUCCUGGCCCGGCUCCUGUGACUGCUGACGCUGGAGGGUCCUCUUCUCUGCCGCUCUCGCCGGCGGCCGAUCCCCAGCCUCAGGCAACAGCCAGUACUCCUCUCAGCUCAGUUCCUCCUGUGCAGGCUACGGGAACCCAUGUAGCUUCGCACACCUCCGGCAGCGGUGCCCAGAUUGUGGGUGACUCUGGCCUGACCGCAGUCUACUCUCGGCUGGAUUCACUGGAGACAUCGAAACCCGACGUCAUUGCCCUACAAGAGGUCGGGCCCGAGGUGCCACAGAUGAGAGUUAUUGAAGGCUUUGUGUCCCCAUCUUAUAGGGCUCCUAGGACUGUGCCCUGCCUGCUGCCAACAUCAAGGCCUAUGUGCGACAACAAGGAAAAGAGCGCCCAUUCGCCUCAGGAUCGACCCUUACUAAAGAAGCAGUACACAAACACCUACCAGCUGAUGCUCCUGCACGGCAGGUCGGCCUCGGCCAUCACCAGAUCGCCCGUGUCACGCAGAAGACACAGCCACGAGUGUGAUCCAAAUGUUGACUGCCAGGCCGCGGACCCCGACCCUACCAGCCUCCCCUGCCGCGCCCUGCCCUGCACUCACCCUGCCUGCGUGUCCCCGGCGUGCGGCAGUGACACGAAUUGGGGCAUCCUCUUAGCCGCCUCCCUCACCUGCGGCCUGCCUUUCUCCUGCUGUGCACACUUACCACACCCAUCCCUACCUCCCCCAACAUCCUCAACCUGCACCUCCACCUCCCUGGACUCCACACCCUCAGCCACACAUCCUACGUCAUCAGUCUGGAGCCCAGACUCACACACCUCAGUCUUCUUACCCAAGGUGGCCCAGAUCAGACCACACGACUUUGUGUCCCGGCGGCCACCACUGGUGCUGGUGUUGAGUGAGGCCGUGGGACAGGUGCUGUGCUCAGCGCCUCCUCCGAGCCUUGCCACCGCCUGCUCCAGCAUCUCUGAGGUUCCUGCAAGACCAGCCGACUCCUCCCACCUGGAGUAG